AUGGAAUUCACUUCAGGCACAAAUUUAUCAUUUGUCGAGAAAGUCCCCAACGGCCACCAACGAGAAAGUCACGUGCUAGAAUUUGAAUUAGAGUUCAAGUGUCACGUGCCUGUCUCCUCCUCCACCUAAAUCUGGAAAUCCCCAAACAGUAAAAUCGAAUUAAACCCUCCCUCCCCCGCUUUUCUUCCUGCAACAAUUCUCUCUCCGCAAAACCAGUUCGAAUUCAACUCUUAGUUGCGUGUGAAAUCAAGCAGCCAUGGAAGCCAUCCUUACCGACUGUGUGCAGAACAGUCUCCGGCACUUCAUGUACCGCAACGCCAUUUUCAUGUGCGAACGCCUCUGCGCUGAGUUCCCCACCGAGAUCAAUUUGCAGUUAUUAGCUGUCUGUUACUUGCAAAGUAACCAGGCUUAUUCUGCUUAUCAUAUUUUAAAAGGACAAAGCAUGGCUCAGUCCCGCUACUUGUUUGCACAAUCUUGCUUUAAGAUGGAUCUUCUUAGUGAAGCAGAAAAUGCAUUGUCCCCACCAAAUGAGCCGACUGCGGAGGUUCCAAAUGGUGCAGCUGGUCAUUACCUUCUUGGUCUUAUUUACAGGUAUACAGACAGAAGAAAAUGUGCUAUUCAACAUUUCACUCAGGCUUUAUCAUUGGAUCCUCUGCUGUGGGCUGCUUAUGAAGAACUCUGCAUAUUAGGAGCCGCGGAAGAGGCUACCAAAGUUUUUGGUGAUGCUGCUUCUGUUUGCAUUAAAAAGCAACAUGUACCCCACGAAUCAGCAUUGAAAAGUUUGCAAUCGUCUAGCGAGAAUCACUGUGUAAAUGUGAGUAAGAAUUUUGGUUCAGAAGAUGCGAGUCCAAGGCAUGGCAAACUCAUGCACAGCAAUACUCAACGGGACACGUCUGCUAACUAUCAUGGUCUACCUCAAGCUGGAGGAACUGGGAGCCAGGCUCUAAAUGGUGGUCCUAAUUCUGCUUCUUUCUAUAACACUCCUUCUCCAAUGGCCACGACAACACAGUUGUCUGGUGUUGCUCCGCCACCUCUAUGUAGGAAUUUGCCAAUAAAUGGUCCCAACCACUAUGCAUUUGGUGCUGAUAGUUCUCCAAGAUCAACUUUAAACACAACAUUACAGGCCCCUAGAAGAAAAUUUGUUGAUGAAGGAAAGCUAAGAAAGGUAUCGGGCAGGUUAUUUACUGAUUCUGGUCCUCGGCGGAGCACAAGACUUGCCUCUGAAGCCAUGGCCAACUUGAAUUCAAGUGCGUCAACAGUAUCAGGGAAUGGAACAAAUAACGCAUCGAAAUAUCUUGCUGGCUCUAAGUUGAGCACUGGAUCUUUGCGUACUGCCGGGGGUCGAAAAGGACCAUCUUGGGCCAAUGAAAAUUUUGAUGAAGGGACUAAGCAUGAUGUCUGUGAUGAUUCUCGUAACAAUAGUACUGCCUCUUCAUCCCCCUCUAGUGAAUCUAGAUCUUCGGAACAGGAAGGGCCAACAAUGUCUGCAGGCGGGGUUUGUCUAAGUGCAUCGAAGAUUUCAGGUGGUGCUUUAGAGUUGUUGUCACUUUUGCGGAUUCUUGGAGAAGGUUACAGACUCUUCUGUGUUUAUAGGUGUCAGGAUGCAUUGGAUAUGUAUUUGAAGCUUCCUCAAAAACAAUAUAAUACCGGCUGGGUACUAUCGCAGGUUGGAAAAGCGUACUUUGAAAUGGUUGAUUAUGUUGAAGCAGAUCGUGCUUUUAGUCUAGCUCGUCUCGCCUCCCCUCAUAGUUUAGAGGGAAUGGACAUCUAUUCUACUGUUCUUUAUCAUCUGAAGGAGGACAUGAAGUUGAGUUAUCUCGCGCAAGAGCUGAUAUCAACUGACCGCUUGGCUCCUCAAUCAUGGUGUGCUCUGGGGAAUUGCUAUAGCUUGCAGAAAGAUCAUGAAAUAGCACUAAAGAAUUUCCAGCGAGCGGUGCAGCUAGAUUCAAGAUUUGCUUAUGCUCACACUCUUUGUGGUCACGAAUAUGUGGCUCUGGAGGAUUUCGAGAAUGGUAUAAGGAGUUAUCAACGUGCUCUUCAUGUUGAUAGCAGACAUUAUAAUGCGUGGUAUGGUCUUGGAAUGGUCUACCUUCGGCAAGAGAAGUUUGAAUUCUCUGAGCAUCACUUCCGAAUGGCAUUUGAAAUCAAUCCUCGUUCUUCUGUCAUAAUGUCAUACCUGGGGACAGCUUUACAUGCCUUAAAGAGAAAUAAGGAAGCUUUGGAGAUUAUGGAGAAAGCUAUAAAAGCUGAUACGAAAAAUCCUCUUCCACUGUAUCAAAAAGCUAAUAUCCUUAUCAGCAUGGAGAAAUUGGAAGAGGCUCUUGAAGUAUUGGAGGUGCUUAAGGAGUAUGUGCCUCGGGAGAGUAGUGUCUACGCAUUAAUGGGUAGGAUAUACAAAAGGCGCCAAAUGUAUGACAAGGCAAUGCUUCAUUUCGGACUUGCAUUGGAUAUGAAACCAUCUGCGACAGAUGUUGCUACUAUUAAGGCGGCCAUUGAGAAGUUGCGUGUACCAGAUGAGUUAGCAGAUGACUUAUGAUGUUACGUCUUGUAGAAAGAACUGAUACGUCACACGGUCCCCAGUAUCAGCAUGAGCAGCUGAUCCCACCACCCCUGCUUGUGCUGUCGAUGUAAUGCUUGACUAUCAAUGCAGUGUCACAUAAGCCCUUAUUACCCUGUCAAUAUCUUGUGAUGAGCAAACCGCGGCCUUUGUACUCAGUUUUGUAGGUUUUUUCGGUAACCCUUUACUUUGUAGAUGAAGAAAUGAUGUAUAUUAUCCACAGAUCAAGUAUUCUUCCGACCUGAAUCAGCACUUGUAACAAUGUCAAAAUUACUUGUAUCAAUAGCUUCGCUAAUUUGAUCCUCUAAAUAUCUUCUUCUGCCUUAGUGUUUAAGUUGUUUCGAAAUGCAUCUGCAUCAAUAUACACUGAGAGUAUGAUUGAAUGGCUUAACCAGCUAAAUACUUGCACCAGGGUAGUCAGGAGUCGGGACUGAGGUGCC